AACCAAAACCAUCUCUCUCUCUCUCUCUCUCUCUCUCUCGUACAAAAAGACACUGCUUUCAAACAAAGUAUCUCUUAAAUAGUGCAAAAGCUAUGCCUGAGGAACCAAAAAACACAUUGAAACCCACAUAUUACAAUCUUGGAGGGAAUAACAACAAAACCCUUCAGUUCAUUGAAGAUGUUACUUCAAACCCUGAUGAGGUGCAGAAGAAAGUCCUUGAAGAAAUCCUCUCUCUCAAUGCUCACGUUGAGUACUUGCAAAGGCAUGGCCUUAAUGGGCACACUGACCGUGAGACUUUCAAAAAACACAUGCCUAUUAUCACCUAUGAGGAUAUCCAACCUGACAUCAAUCGUAUUGCCAAUGGCGAUACCUCUCCAAUACUUUGCUCUAAGCCCAUUUCAGAGUUCUUGACAAGCUCUGGGACCUCAGGAGGGGAAAGAAAGUUGAUGCCAACAAUUGAAGAGGAGCUAGGAAGGAGGUCACUGCUUUAUAGUCUGUUAAUGCCUAUUAUGAACCAGUUCAUUCCUGGCCUAGAAAAAGCGAAAGGGAUGUACUUUUUGUUCAUAAAAUCAGAGGCUAAGACACCUGGUGGCCUCGUGGCAAGACCAGUUCUCACUAGCUACUACAAGAGCUCCUAUUUUAAGAAUAGGCCAUAUGACCCUUACACUAACUAUACUAGCCCAAAUGAAACCAUUCUUUGCCCUGAUUCUUACCAAUCUAUGUAUUCCCAAAUGCUCUGUGGGCUUUGCCAACGCAACAAAGUAUUCCGUGUAGGUGCUGUUUUUGCCUCUGGCUUUAUUCGGGCAAUCCAUUUCCUAAAAAACAAUUGGCAACUUCUUUGCAAUGAUAUUAGAAUAGGCACAAUUAACCCUCAAAUCACUGAUCCUUGUGUUCGAGAAGCUGUCAUGAAAAUCCUUAAACCAUAUCCAAAACUUGCUGAUUUUAUUGAAGCUGAAUGCAGUCAAGAUUCUUGGCAAGGGAUUAUAACAAGGAUUUGGCCUAACACCAAGUACGUGGAUGUUAUUGUGACAGGGACCAUGUCUCAAUAUAUUCCUACUCUAGAUUACUAUAGCAAUGGCUUGCCUUUAGUUUGCACCAUGUAUGCCUCCUCUGAGUGCUACUUUGGCGUCAAUCUUAAUCCUCUUUGCAAACCAAGUGAAGUUUCUUACACCCUCAUUCCUACCAUGGCCUAUUUUGAGUUUUUGCCUGUCCAUAGAAACAAUGGGGUCACCAAGUCAAUUUCCAUGACCAAAUCACUCAAUGAAAAGGAGCAACAAGAAUUGGUUGAUCUUGUUGAUGUCAAGUUUGGCCAAGAAUAUGAGCUUGUUGUCACCACUUAUGCAGGACUUUAUCGCUAUAGAGUUGGUGAUGUGCUAAGGGUGGCUGGGUUCAAGAACAAGGCACCGCAAUUCAAUUUCAUAUGCAGGAAAAAUGUGGUCUUGAGCAUUGAAUCAGAUAAAACUGAUGAGGUUGAGCUACAAAAUGCAGUGAAGAACUCUGUGAACCAUUUGGUCCCAUUUGAUGCAACUCUAGUUGAGUACACUAGUUAUGCAGACACCACUACUACUCCAGGACACUAUGUAUUAUUCUGGGAGCUUACCCUUAACGGGUUAACCCCAAUUCCUCCUUCAAUUUUUGAGGACUGUUGCUUGACUAUUGAAGAGUCACUUAACAGUGUUUAUCGCCAAGGGCGUGUCUCUGAUAAGUCAAUUGGGCCACUUGAGAUCAAGAUUGUUGAGCCAGGUACUUUUGAUAAGUUAAUGGACUAUGCCAUUAGCUUAGGGGCAUCAAUAAACCAGUACAAGACCCCCAGAUGUGUGAAAUUUGCACCUAUUGUGCAGCUUUUGAACUCAAGGGUCAUUUCAAGUUAUUUUAGUCCUAAGUGUCCAAAAUGGGUUCCUGGUCACAAGCAAUGGGGUAACAAGAACUGAAUCUAAUGGAAACAAUACAGAGUUCGUGCAUGGAGGUUCACAAGAACUAUUUUUGUGGUCAUCUCUAAGGUUAAAGGAACCUUUUUAGGUUAACAAUGUUUUAAUGAUCUUCUCUCUUUUUCUUUCUUAAUUUUGUACUUCCUUGAAUUUUUUAGCCUUUGUUUAAUAUGCUUAGGUACUUCUUGCAUUAGCAAUGUAUAAAAACAGUUCAUGUUCCAAGCAAA